AUGUCGUGCAGAAGUGAAGCGGCUCGGGGGGGCACCCCUUGUCUACAACCACUUCGAGCCACUGUCCCAUUCCAGCUUCACAACAAAGCACAACCGCGCUGCAAAGAUUCCAAGACUGGCGACAGGAGCAAGUCUCGCCCCCCAAAGCCGACCAUUCGUCGCACCCUGUCCCUGGAUACAAUUGUUGGACCAUAUCUGCAGGGCCGGUGGCCCAAGGAAGCAGAGAGCCAAGGAGUCACCUGUGUCAAUGACAAGGCCACACAGACUCCCAGCUCCUGGGCAGAGGAGACUCGGGGAAGAAGAAGUGUUGGCGGACACAAACGCUCAGCAUCAUGGGGCAGCGCUGAACACUUGAGGGAUGUGGUUAAGCUCAAGCACCAGCUGCAGAAGCGCUCCCGACACGCCCCUCCCUCUGGAGGAUAUGAGCGUCCCCACCACCCCCUACCUGGAGGCCAUGUGCCAGGCGCUACACAGACAGUGCCCCUGAGCAGGUUGGCCCCUCGGCUGCGGCGCAGUGUGGAAGGUCUGAACCUGGAGCUGGAGGGGGUCUUUGUGUCAGAGACACCUGAGGACCAGCACAAGAUCCUGGAUGUCCCAGAUGGCCACAGAGCUCCAGUUCCUGCCCAGAGGUGCAGCAGUGGUACCCAGAGUGAACCCUCGCCUGCCUCGUUCGACCCUGCUUUGCUCUCCCCAUCUCAGUCUCCCUGCCCCAUGGGAGAGCCAGACCCUGUGGACUGUGAAACCGUGUACCCCUCUCCAGUUGUUCUGGACCCCUCCCUGUUGCAGCCCUCCUCCCCUCGUCCCAACAAGACCUACUCCUUCCAGAGAGAGCCCCCUGAAGGCUGUGAGCGAGUACGCGUUGUGUGUGAAGAGGCUAUGUCUCCCUGUCAGAGAGAGCCUCUCCUCCAGGUAUCCUGCCCUGACCCCAACAAGGUGAAUUUCACUCCCCAUGGAGGCUCUGCCUUCUGCCCUGUCAGUCUGCUCAAGCCCUUGCUGCCCUCCAUGGACCUCCUGUUCCGCGGCCUGUCAGUCUCGCCUGUCACAGGCUGCUCAGGUCAGGCUGCCCCCUACCAGACAGUUGGGCAUUCGGUUGGGGGCUACAUGAGUGGACCCCUCCAGGACACAACCACCAUGUGACUGUGGAGAUGGUUGUUUUCAGACUAAUGAGGAUGGAUUUAUCCUAAUAGAUUAAAUCAAAAUGGCUGCCACCACCUUGUCAGGGACUGUUAUGACAAGCCUCCAGAUCUAUUCAACUAAGAUCAACAAAAAGAGACCUCUACAGUGGGUUCUCUGUGGGAUCAGGAUCAAAUCUGUCAUUGGUGUUCUAUCCUGAUUCUCAGAGGGACUUGCUGCUCUGGGUACAUUGAUAGUCACUUGCCCCCUUGGUUAGGGGGAGUAAAUAAAUUGUACAAAUGUUUGUGUGACAUAUUUUCAUUCUACAUAACUUGGCCUUGCUCUGAUACCCUUAGAUUUGUUAUAGCUAGAGCGUGGAGUCAGAGAUGUACUAAUUAGUGAUGCCUGAGUUGACUCAUAACCUGCAGUCCCGUGGUUAUAUCUCCGGGUGGAUGGGUUUAGUCAUUCAAUAUUGUGUGGUGGGUGGCAGGCUGGUUGAAUAAAGAGAAAUAAUACCU